UCUAAUGUGUAAGGAAAUAAACCUGCAAAGCUUUCGGACGCUUCUUCUCUCACACUGUAGUCCAAUCAUAUACCUGCAGUACAGCGGCACAUACGAAGGUUUGCGCAGACCAAACGCAACAUUUUUUAAUGUGAAAAUGGGCCUUUUUGAAAGGGUACGAAAGGAAUGGUUUAUCAUAGGAAUAGUGUUAGUGAUCACCUUUGCAAAACUGGAGCCUUCUAUUGGAGUGAAGGGAGGUCCCUUGAAGCCAGAGAUCACAAUUACAUAUGUUGCUGUGACGCUCAUCUUUUUCAACAGUGGAUUGUCUUUAAAAACUGAGGAGCUGACGAGCGCUCUGAUGCACGUGAGGCUUCACCUGUUUGUGCAGAUCUUCACGCUGGUGUUUUUCCCUGCCGCAACAUGGUUAUUCCUGCAGUUCCUGGCAUUUACCACCAUCAACAAAUGGCUGCUAAUAGGAUUACAGACUGUUGGCUGCAUGCCUCCGCCUGUGUCAUCUGCAGUUAUUUUGACCAAAGCUGUUGGUGGAAAUGAGGCAGCUGCUAUAUUCAAUUCCGCCUUUGGAAGUUUUCUGGGUAUUAUAGUAACACCACUGCUGCUCCUGUUUUUUCUUGGCUCUUCCUCCUCAGUGCCUUUCUCCUCCAUCUUCUCCCAGCUUUUCAUGACUGUGGUGGUGCCUCUUAUUAUUGGUCAGAUUGUUCAGCGGUACAGUAAGGAAUGGCUGGAGAGGAAAAAGCUCCCUUUCGGGACCAUCAGCAGCUGUGUGCUCCUCAUGAUUAUUUACACCACCUUCUGCGACACUUUCUCCAACCCCACCAUUGACUUGGACAAGUUCAGCCUGAUCGUCGUCAUCCUCAUCAUAUUCUCCAUCCAGCUAGGCUUCAUGCUUUUAACGUUUCUCUUUUCUACAGGGAAGAAGUCAGGUUUCACUCCAGCAGACACUGUGGCGAUCAUGUUUUGUGCUACACACAAAUCCCUCACUUUAGGGAUUCCAAUGAUGAAGAUCGUGUUUGCAGGCCAUGAGCACCUAUCUUUGAUCUCCAUCCCACUCCUGAUCUACCACCCCACACAAAUCCUCCUGGGUAGUGUGUUAGUCCAUAGCAUAAAGUCGUGGAUGGUCACCAGACAGAAGGCAAUGAAAUUAACUAAGCUGCAGCCUGUAUAACAGGAACCCGAAGUCUUUAGGAACCAGCUUGUUGAACUGCUGGCCCAGGUGAAGGACUCCGUCGUGACCUCGACAUCGCUGAAGGCUUUUUGAGAGAAAGGACACUGCCAUUCAAGUGCCUUAACACAGCUAUCCAGGACCACAGUCUCUGCCUAAACCCAACAGGUUUGGUGCUGCAGGUGGCAUUCUUCUGAAUUUUUUAAAAAAUAAAUCUAUUUUUUUUAAAUAAGGGAUGAAACUAUAAUGACAAAGAUCAGUGUGUCAGUGUCCAACACUAAAUUGCCAUGGCAAUAUUUAAAGCUUUCCUUAAUUGUGAUGGACUAAUUAGGUGAAUGUAGCUGUGGGUUUUUUAUCUAUACUUUUUUAUUUUUUUGUUGUCUGUUAUCUUUUAGAAUAUAAGUGAAAGAGUUCACAGUUUUGGCUUGCUGUCCAGCUGAAUUUGGCUAAACACACUCAAUGUGCUUUUCUGUUGUUGGAAUAAAACACCAUAGACCGAAUGAGGUAGAGGCAUUUACCCCAAAAUAUUAUGCCCAUGGUUGCCCUGAGUUUUUACAAGACCUUUAAUGUGAGUCAUGAAAUCAGUUCACCUAAAUAAGCACGUCUCUGAAAACCUUGUAUACCAUCCAAACCCCCUGAAUUGUAGCUGAUAUAACCUGUAACACAAAAGUUCUUUCACUGAUAGAAAAUAAUGUAGCUCAAAGAGUUGCAUUUUGUAAGUGGAAAUCUGAGGGUAGCUAGACAGUCUGUAAUAAUGUCAUUUAGCAUGCGGUGUAUUAAAAUAGGUUAAUGUGUUCUUGCCUAGAGGGCCUCAAAUACCUUAACAGAAAACUCUCUUUAGUAAGAGUUCCAUUAAGAAAGAACACAGUGCCCUAUUAAUACUCUUUAAAGUGCUGCUGCUUGGAAGAAAUAAAAUUUGCAGAGCUGCAGACUUAUUUGUUAUUUCCAUGGCUAUCUCUGUUCUUGAUUUCAUGUAAUUUUCUAAAAUGACAAUUCUGCAGUUCUGCCUUGCCAGCAAGUGGACCUACAUUCUGUUGGAAGUUUACUGAUCAUGUCUCCUCCACACAGCAGCCCAGACUAACAGUAACGCAAUGAUAAGAUGCAUUAUUUCCUGUGCUCAUCUGUUUUACUGAAGUUCCCCAUUUAGAACUGCUUGGCACUUUUGUAUACGUUCUCUGUAGUGCCACUGCAUGUAUUUCAUCAGCUUGAAAGCUAAGUAACUCAAAGAUGCCAAACCUAUUUCCCUGAGGAGAUGGAGUGAAAAUGAGCAAUCCUGCAGUGGAAAUCAACUUUGCGUUGGACACAGACCAAUGAAGGGCGCUCUCAGAUUUAACAAGAUUGCAACUCCAUGGGUGACAGGCCUGGCUGCCCUCCAUGUGCAAGAACAGGCUGCUGCCAUUGACUUUGCUUACAGUAUAUUCCAGUCUUGGACAUAUCACAGUAUGUGGAUUCCAGACAUGUGCCCUCUUGUCUUCUGGCUGUUCUUGUGUAAAAAUGUCAAAGUUCCCAAUCCCAGUUACAGAAAACAGCUUCUUUGUAUCUUAGAAGAGUUACAUCUUGCGGCCUCAAAACCGUCUCCUGCUUCAAUCUUCAAACCUUGUCCAGUGCAGUGAUCUGCCUCAAACUGAAAGACAUUAGUUUAGUACUAUUCUUUAAACACUUGCUUGGCCUCUAGGAAAAAACAAUUUAACAUAUAUUCUUCAUAUAUGUUACUGGAGUGCAACCAUGAUUUAUUUUCUGCAUCUGCUAUAUAUUUUACAAGGGUUUGAACUGAUGAUAAACACCUUUACCAAACAUUCCAAUUACAGCAGGGAAGGUCCAUUUUUUCAUAUGAUUCUUGGAUGAUGAGUUGCUAGGAUGUUGACUGGCCACUAACAUUGUUUUGUUUUAGAUUUUUCUAAUCCAUUUUUAGUUUUUUUUUCCUAAAAAAGUCCCUGUUUAUUCCUGCUGUGUUAGCUGCAAUAUUAAAAUAUUCCCCAUCGUACAGCUUAAAUUAACAUUGUCAGAAUGUUUUCCUCCAAAAUGGAGGAAUAAAAUAGAGGUUCAAAAUUUAGUUCCGUACUUGUUUCAAUCUCUGUUUUCCCCUUUGCUCAUUGGUUUGAUUGUAAAUUCUGCUCCUGUGGUUUUUUCUAACUGUGUGAUACAUUCUGUCUCCCAUUUAAAACAAGGAGAUGGGGUUAAAUUGAUUACAGAAAUACAUUUAUUCUGGAUAAUUCGUAGAUAUAAUAUGAGCUGCUUUGACAUAAAAGCUAUACAACCAGUCCAGAAAUUCAUCAUGGGGUAUAGUAUAUCUUAUUACAAAAAAAAAAACUUUUGCUUAAAUUUUGUGCAAGGUGUUCUGUGCAUCUGUGAGAAGGCUUUGAUAUGAUAAAUACCACCAAAAGCAGACAUGACAUUUAAACCUUUGUGCAAGACUCUGAAUACCACUUCACUUCUACCCACAACUACCCUUCACAAAUUGUACCUACUGUAGAGUGUUGUAUUGUAAUUCAGUGCCAGUGUUGGCCGUUGGCUGCUCUGGCGUAAAGGUGACUGACAGCCUAUAAAUGCCUUUUGAUGGGGGUAUAAAGGAGCCCAGGGGGGUAACUCCUGAUGGCUCUGGUGCAGCUCGGGUUCUGCAGUGUCCGUUGGCAGUUCUACCUUAUACAUUUUCGAGGAUAACAGGCUCAUUCUGUCUAACAAAGGGAAAGGGUGUGUGUAUCUGAACUUUCCUGUACAUUGCUGCUGUCUUUAUAAUGUUAGUGGGGUAGGAAGAUCAGGGACCUUUAAAGGUUUCAGUCUGGGAUCAAAUUGCUUCUGUUCUUUUUUGCUUUUUAUUUUCUUUUGCCAGUGUACCUUUGUUUCCUUAGACCUUUUGGAAAACCUCAAGAAUAAAGAAUUGCUAUAGAUGCCAACGUUUGGAAAGAAUCUGGGUCCAUACACCACACAAGCAUAUUGAGUGCUGAACUGUCGGUUGUACUGUCACAUUUUGUACGAAGGGUACAUUUACACAAUACGCACGUCAUCAGUCCUGGUCUGCAGAAUUUCUGCCCUGUCUGGAAUCCGUAUUGAGACUUCUAGAAAGUGAGGUUACUGCGGUGUGUGCAAGGUUACAGGUGUCAACCAAAGAAUAGCACACACAAACACAAAAGGAUGCUUUUCUGGUGAGAUGAAAGGCUGAGAUAGAUUCUACCUCUUUUCAUGGAUAAUGUGAACAGGAGUAAACCUCUUAGGAACCCUUUGGGAUGAAAAGCACUAUUUAAAUGUAAUUCUGUAUUCUUAUAAUCAUUAUUACUAUCUUGAAUAAUUCCGUCCUCUCCACAGAUAACUGUCGUUGUAAAAAUCCCUCUUAGGUUGUAUCCUGUAGCUGAUACACUUGACAUGGCUGAAUAUAAGUCGAUAUAACCAUUAAAUCGGUAUGUGGGGUGUGUCCUGAGCCAAACCCUGGGUCUUUUUAAACCAACUCCCUCACUCAGAUUCUCUGACAAACACAGACUGAAACUAUCCACAAACUAGUAGAUGCAUAUUAUUCAUUAAACCUAUGCCUGUAGCUGUCUGUAACACACAGUGCACAGUCAGUUACUACCCAGUCAGCCACUGGCAAACUAUGGGCCAUCCUUCUUAGGCUAUUUCUGUAUGAUAAAACUAAAAUGCAAUGUGUUAGUUGAAGUGAUAUUCUAUACUUCUUUUUGAGGUAAUCAGGUAGUUCUCAAUUUACAUACUCUUAAUUUGCAUGUUUUCUUUUUAACACACCUGAGGAAUAUAUGCUACUUAAUUUAGGACAAAUUCUUUCUCAUUUUGAGGUGCUUUGGCUCGGCAAGCAACAGGCAAGUUGACAGAAUGAUCAAGACACUGUGAAAAAUAUUUUGAAAAGGAUAUCUCAAUACAGAUAAUUGUUUUAAAUGAAAAUAAAUAUUGUUAGUCAUUAAAAUUCCAAAUCCACAACCUCAGCUAAAUAAAUAAAACUAUUAAAAACAGUUGACAAGAAAAACCUGAAUAAGGAAAAAUGAUUUGAAAUGCUAGUUUACAAGUUUUGUAAUAAAUUGUAUUUAAAAUGUUCACUGAGAGUAAGAAAAACAGUUCAUGAGUGCAGUUCAUGAGUCAUACAUUUCCACGCUGUCCACACACCAUUACCAACAGUCUUCCCUUCACAAAGUACUGGAAAUAUAUUAAACACUAACAAACAUUUAGUUUAGAAUGAGUUUUGAUACCACUAUACUGUAUAAACACCUUACAUGAAUAAAGAUGAGCAAUUUAUUUUUUUUGCGAGAUCAGCCAUCUGGUUAAGACUGAACCCAGAACACAUCUUUCUGCUUUACACACACUGUUACAUGAAAAUCUGUUUUAAUUUGCACAUUUAUGAGUUGCUCUGCAUCUUUAAGGAGUGUAUCUGCUGUGUAAAUCGAUAACUACUGGAAUAUGUUUUUUAUUUUUGUAUUUACGACAACGUUGGAGAAAAACAGUAUUGCUGAUCUCAUAAUGUACUGUACAUCUGAAAGUUCACAGUGUUUUAGAACAUUCUUUGUGUAGAUUAAUAAUUACUUUACACUUAAUACAUUGAAAAAAGCUUGUCAUACCUGACCUUGGGCUCAUAUGUAGGAGUUGGUCCCCCUUCCUCACAAGUCAAGCUACAGUAUCAGUGAAAAUGUGUUUUAGUCUUUUUUGCAAUGACCAGACAACAUGAGUGUUUGUAAAUAUUCUUUUGUGAACAAGAAAAUGAAAAUACUUCUGAAAAAUAAGGAGUGUUGGGCUGGAGCAUAGGGAGAGAUUUUUCAUGAUACUGAACUCAUCUCAGAGAUGGUCCCUAUGGUCACUUCAUGCUAGAAACAAGAACCAGAGAGUGGUUACAAGACAAACACAGACCAUGACAUUUAAGCAACAUUAGUAAUAGUCCCAUAUUAUAAAAAAUAAAAUAUAAGCUGCAGAAUUACAACAAAGCAAUUCUAUUUUGGGAUUUGGUGACAUUUUAUAAACCUCCUGGGCUGUGGUUUAUUAAAACAUAUACUAACGCAUGAUUUAAUGAAGAUACUAGAAGUUCUUACAAAAUUUAUAAAGAUCUGUUUGUCUCAACUCAUAAUAAUAAACCCGAAUCUUAACAUUCUACACAACAGAGUACUGUGUUGUUUCUCUUUCAUAAAAUAUGGCACAAAUUUUAAAACUUUUUUCCAAGUUUAACUUUUUUCUAAUUUUUUUUUUUGGUUCAUCUUAAUAUGCGAGAAGGCAAAGUUGUGCAGAUUCAAACUUUUGUGAAUUUAUUUAACAUUUAUUUCUGUAUUUACACUGUCACUGGGGACAUAUUCCUACAGUUUAUGAUAUGCCUCUAUAUGUGUGAUACUUGAUGACCUGCAAUCAAUUAUUUUGCUUUAGGUUUUCUUUUUCUCCCUUUACAAAAUGUUUUUUUAAUUAAAACUGCAAUCACAUCUCCCGUCUCUUCAAAACCAUCCUUAAUGUUGUUGUGGAUUUUGAAGCCCUUCUCCUGUUUUCCAAGUUGUCUUAAAAUGUUUGCUUCUAUUUUUAUUCUGUUUUCCUAAUCAUAAACUUUAUUGGGAAAGUGAGAAAUAUGUCAUCUUGAAAUUAAAUGUUUGAAAAUUUUGAUAUUAAAAAACUGGGGUCCUUGCAUUUAAGGCACUUUUUAUCUUUUUUUAAUGAUGUAGUUGUUUACAGUUAUAGAUAAAUUAUUUAAAAGGGUUGUAUAAAUGGGUGGACAAAAAUAUCAGCCAAAUAAAUCAAUAAGUAGUAAAUAACAGGAAAAUACAAUAUAUUUGGCUAAUGAGCUGCUUUGCAUCCUAAAAGCUUACCUUGUGAGGGACUCUGCUUACUAAAGAAAUGUGGUGUUAUUCUCUGUUCCUUUCAUUUCUUUUAAACAGCAAAAAUGUUACUAAAGGGACCAUUAAUCAUUUAUUAGUCAUAUACUGUACAAAUGUUUAAUGGCAAUGUGAGAUAUAACCUCUUGAGUUACACUUAAAAUUGUAACUUGACUAAAUUUGUCAAAAGCCUAAAAAGUAUUGAGGUGUUCUCAUGCAAGUGUGACAUUUUUCACGCAUUGAUAUUUCUAUGGUUUAUAAUACUUAAAAGCAUCAUACAAUUAUGAAAUGUAUCAUUUAUUAUAUUCCAGAUAAGGCAAACAGUUCAAAAGCUGAAUAUCUCUGGAGUUUGCGUUACAAAGCAAAGUGAACUUGUUCCCUUCAUUUUAAAAUGUGUUUGUAUUGCAUUCCCAGACUGCCAAACAAACUAAAUAUUGAAGCCAAAUGAUUUCAGGUGUAUUGUUGUUUUUGUCUUAAUUGUUUGUCAUUUUGUUGCAAGUGUUCCUUCAGUUUUUUAUCUGUUAGUGACAUAUCCUUGUUACUUCUGAGACUGUAUAAUAAAAAGUUGCAAGAUUCUAAAUCACU